AUGUCAAAUCUGUUCGACACGGCAUGGGCACUUUCGGAGAAAAUCGUGCUCUUGACCAAUAUCAUCCAGGACGCCGGACACGAUGUCCCUUCCUUGCUACUUCAGAGCAUGGCCGAGCGCAAUAUACAACCAAGGUGGAAUGAAAUCGCCUUGCCAGCAGGCCGAUCACUUAGUGCCUGCCAAAAGAUCUAUCAUGAGAUGCUUCACAUGCCCCUGCAGCCGCAUCGCUCUUUCUCUGCGAUCGUUCCUGCUUAUGCUCCUCAGCCUCUCAUUCCGAGUCUAGCUCAAGUAAGAGCUGUGUCUGAGCACGAGUUGCAGCCUCCGACGCACCGCUCAAUCCAGCCUCGCCCUCCCCAGGGGACGGAUUCGCCGAUGCCUCCUACCACGAAUGGAGAAGCGUUCACCAUCUUGCGCCCGUUCGCGCCCGAGCCAGGCGUUGAAAGACGGAAGAAGCGCGGUCGUCCGACAAAGGAAGAGGCUGAAGAGCGCGACAGGAGACUGGCCGCGGCUGGUCAGACGUAUGAGCCAAAGAGACGAUCGGCCAAGAAGGCCAGGCUUUCCGGCACACCUGGCUCGCUGUCCGAACCGCGCCCUGGAACCUCCCCAGGACUACCAACCGCCAUGUCGCCGCGUGCUGAACACAUUCAAGAGGCCUCAAGCGAGAAGCAACGCCCAAGACAGGCGACAAAGCAAGAGGAAUCUCCUGAGCAUGCCGCCGCUCUAUCUCCUCUAGACGAUUCUGGCAAUGAAAGGAGCACCGAUGCCGCUCAAAGCCCUUCUGACCGUCUGCUACUUAGAUCCGGCGAACGCGCUCAAACAACGGCCACUGUAUCUCGGCACAUGGUGGAGGCGCAAAGUCCUAGCAUUGAUCAAAAAGAUCCAGAGCAGAAGCACGGGGAUCAACCAGCCGGCCCUUCAUGCACCUAG